AUGUCUUCCCGCCCGACCGUCACCAUCCAGGGCGCUGAUGGCAAGCCCACCAGCGCCACCCACCCCAUCCCGGCCGUCUUCCUGAGCCCGAUCCGUCCGGAUAUUGUUCAGCAGGUGCACACCGGCAUGGCCAAGAACAAGCGCCAGCCGUACUCCGUCAGCGAGAAGGCCGGUCACCAGACCUCCGCCGAAUCUUGGGGCACUGGUCGCGCUGUUGCCCGUAUUCCCCGUGUCUCCGGUGGCGGUACCCACCGUGCCGGCCAGGCUGCUUUCGGUAACAUGUGCCGUUCCGGCCGCAUGUUCGCGCCCACCAAGGUCUGGCGCAAGUGGCACGUCAAGGUCAACCAGGGCCAGAAGCGCUUCGCCACUGCCUCUGCCGUUGCCGCCUCGGCUGUUGCCCCCCUGCUGCUCGCCCGCGGCCACAAGAUCUCCUCCGUCCCCGAGGUGCCCCUGGUCGUCGACUCCAAGGCGUUUGCCUCGACCUCCAAGACUGCCAAUGCCGUUGCCCUGCUGAAGGCUGCCGGUGCCGGUGCCGAUGUCGAGAAGGUCCGGCUCAGCAAGAAGCUGCGUGCCGGCAAGGGCAAGCUCCGUGGCCGCCGCUACCGCCAGCGCCGCGGUCCCCUCGUCAUCUACGACCCCGAGGUUGACGGCAAGGACCUGGCCAAGGGCUUCCGCAACAUUGCCGGUGUCGAGACCUCGUCUGUCUUCGCCCUGAACCUGCUCCAGCUCGCCCCCGGUGGCCACCUCGGCCGCUUCGUCGUCUGGACCUCGGCCGCGUUCGCUGCUCUCGACAAGAUCUACGGCUCCACCACCGAGGCGUCGGCCCUGAAGAAGGACUUUUUGCUGCCCUCCAACCUGGUUGCCCAGGCCGACCUGACCCGCCUGAUCAACAGCUCGGAAAUCCAGAGCGUUCUGCGCGCCCCCAAGGGCGAUGCCCAGACCAAGCGCGGCAACGUGCUGAAGAAGAACCCCCUGCGCAACAAGCAGGUCAUGCUGCGUCUGAACCCCUACGCCGCCACCUUCAUCAAGGACAAGGUCGGCCAGCAGAAGCUGAACACGGAGAAGCCCGUCACGGUCCCUGGCAAGUUCAAGACUCUGCUGAACGAGGCAUAA